ACAGCGCCACCAUUUGACCCCUCCAAAAAAUAUUCAAGAUGGCAGCCUCCAUUGGAAGUGAAAAUGCAAACAGUGAGAAAGACAAUCUGGAGUCAGUGAAGCACACAAUUCUAGUCUUGUCAGGGAAAGGAGGAGUUGGAAAGAGCACGGUGACAACCCAGCUAGCACUGACACUCAGACAAAAUGGUCUGAAGGUUGGAGUACUUGAUAUUGAUCUGUGUGGUCCAAGUAUUCCCCGCAUGCUCAAUGUGCAGGGAAAUGAUGUGCACCAGUGUGCUCAGGGGUGGGUUCCAGUAUAUGCAGACAAUGAACAACGUCUUGCAGUCAUGUCCAUUGGGUUCUUGUUAGGAAGCAGCGAUGAUGCUGUGGUCUGGAGAGGUCCCAAGAAGAAUGCAAUGAUCAAGCAGUUCCUAAGUGAUGUCUUCUGGAGUGAUCUCGAUUACCUCAUCAUCGACACCCCACCAGGCACUUCAGAUGAGCACAUCACAGUUGUGGAGAGUUUACAUCAGUACAAGCCGGAUGGAGCUGUAUUAGUCACAACGCCACAGGCAGUUGCAGUAGGCGAUGUCCGUAGGGAACUCACAUUUUGUCGGAAGACUGGUGUUCCGGUCUUGGGCAUCAUAGAAAACAUGAGUGGCUAUGUCUGCCCUCAUUGCACAGAAUGCAGUAAUGUCUUUUCAAAGGGAGGCGGAGAGUCUUUAGCCAAGGAAUUUUCAAUACCAUUCCUGGGUUGCAUACCACUAGACCCCCAGCUCGCCAAGUGCUUGGAGGAAGGCAAGAGUUUUGUUGAUUCCUUUCCUUCGUCACCAUCAGCUGGAGCUAUACAAGACAUUGUCAAGACGUUACUACAAAACAACAGCUCAUCAAAGACUUGAGAAAUGUGCUAAAAUUUUAUUUUAAGCUGUUAUAGUAUAUUUCUUGUAACAAUUUAACCCUGACACCCUUGGACAGUUUUCCAGGAAAACCAAAACCAAACAACUUGAAGUUACCCCAAACCAGAAUUAAAAGAUCCAUGCGAUGGAUUUGUCUUAGGAAAACAUUUUGCGCAACUUUCUACUACUGUUAAAUGUAUGAAGACUAUUUAACAUCCCUUUUUGGUUAAUUUUGUUGAAAAGUGUACUUUUUUUAAACAUUUAAAAUUGUCCAUGCUUUUCCGGACAACUGAGGGCGCUGUUGCUGUGAUGUCAUUCCAGGAUGACACUGUUCAGUUUAAGGGUUUUCUGUUCAAAUUGUGAACCCAAAAUGUGCUCAUUGAAAACACUGGUGCGAAAGGGUUGCUUAUUGGCUUACUGCAGUGUACAUGUACUUACACAACAACAAAUCUCCAAAGAAAAGAAAAAUUAUGACGGCAAAAUAUUAAAAAAUUCUAGCAACUUUUUGUGCUGAAACAGGUGUAACAUUGAGGUUUCUGACUGGAAUGACGUCACAGAUUUGCUCAUGAAUAUAGAAAUGUGUAUCAGCAUGAAGACCAAAAAUGCACCAAAAUACCCUAGAAAAUUGGCAAAACGAAAUUUCAAAAUAAGGUUAAAUGGGACACAAAGGUGCAUUUUCAAGGAUUGCGUUGAAAAACUUACAUUACAUGGGACCUUUAAGUUUUAUGAAUUAUCAAGCUUUGUCGAAUGUCGAAGCUUAGCAAUGUGACCAUUGUGUUUAAUUAUAUGUGACCUGACAUCACGAAAAUGAGCUCAAAGUCAGACUUAAUAAGAAUUCAGAUAUUUAUAUUCCUUGAUGCAGAACAAUAGCUUUAGGUACACUGAAUUCAGUAACAGAAUUAUAGACCACCAAGUGAAUUGAAUCCGUAAAUCUAAUUUGUGAGAAAAUGACAUUUAAAAAUCCAGCUGUGUUACAGUGAAUAAACAGUGAAAUGGGAUGAAAAAAAGGUUUUACAGAUAUUUGAUUGAACAAAGGUUGAGAAAGGUUUCAGAAAAGGAUAUACAGAUUUAGGUUCUCUGAAAACAAAUAAAUCUACCACCCUUUUAAUUUUGGCUUUGCAAAAUGGCAAUUUAUUGACUUUAAACUCAUUUCGAGGCAACAGGUUACAUAAUAUUACACCAGAUCAUGGGAAACAUUUCUGGGGUUUUUGGUGUGUUUUUUUGUUUGUUUUUUUAAUGAAAUGAUAUUCUCAUCCCAUUUUUGAUUCAUAUUUAUUUGGACUUGGUGUCUGCUGUAAAAGAAAAGAAACAAUUAUGACACAAGUAUGCUGAGAGUUAUUGAAGAGUAAAGACAACCUUCAAAUUUCACAGUGCGGAUAAUUUGAUUAUGAUGUCACAUUUAAUAACCACAAAUACAUUUGGUAAUCUGAAUAAGAAUAAUGUGAAGUUAAUCUAAAUAAACAUGUUUAUGAAAUAAAAUAAAUAUCGACCUAACAGUGAAAUGGUUCCGAGUACACCAUCAUUUGCCAUUAUGAUUGUAAUGAUUUUUACAAAAAAGGCGCCUGCAGAAUAUGAUUUAAUGAGUAUGUCUAUCUGCUUAUGUUGCAUCAAUUUAAAGUGUACAUGCUAUUAGUCUUUUUAAUUAUCAUCGUUUCCACAAAUACUAAGAAAAGUUACAAUUAAA